GUUAUUUUCCAACCAAUUAAAUUAAAAUCAAGUACAAUGGGAAAGAGAUUUCUCCUCUACAUACCUAAUCGCCAAUUUCGGGUACGAGAAACUGGAAAACGAACAAUUUCCCAAAAGCAAAAUUUAAGUCCGAACUUUUUGUUCAAGGGCUUUGAUGUCAAUAGCACUGUUUCUGCGUUCGACUGUAACUACAACUCAAAGACUGUGCCACAAAAGGAAUUAUCGUUCUUCAUACGUAAAUUCUUCUCUACCGAGUCACAAAAUUUAAACAACCAUCAUUGUCAGGCGCUUCUGUUAACCGACCCAAAUCGCUUAAAGUCGAGAAUUCGGGAGCUAGAUCAACCAAGAUAUUUAUCGAGGAUGUCUAUAUCAGGCGAGGAACCUUUAACUAUUUUACAUUACAAUGACGUCUAUAAUAUCGAGCCGAACUCUGGAAAGGAACCAGUAGGUGGUGCUGCACGCUUUUGCACUGCAAUUAAAUCUUUUGCUCACUUGGAGCCUUUGGUUUUGUUUAGUGGUGAUAUAUUUUCGCCAAGCAUGUUAAGCACCUUCACCCAGGGCGAGCAGAUGAUACCGGUACUAAAAAGGACGGGCACUCAUUGUGCUGUCUUUGGAAACCAUGAUUUUGAUCACGGUUUAGAUGUUCUGGUAAAUUUGAUAAAAAAUACAACUUUUCCUUGGCUUAUGUCCAACGUGGUUGAUAAUGAAACAGGAAAACCUCUCGGAGGGGGAAAGAUGUCUCAUUCCAUGCUCCACAAUCAAACGUCGAUUGGCUUGAUAGGCCUUGUAGAAAGAGAGUGGCUGGAAACAUUACCCACUAUUGAUCCUAAUGAAGUAACCUAUAUUGACUAUGUAGAAGCGGGAAACAAGUUAGUGGCACAACUGCGAAGCGAGGGCUGUGAAAUUAUAAUCGCAUUAACACAUAUGAGAACGCCAAACGAUAUAAGAUUAGCGGCCAAUUGCGCUGGCAUAGAUUUAAUACUCGGCGGACAUGAUCACGUAUAUGAAAUACAAGAAGUAAAUGGGAUAAAAAUCAUAAAGUCAGGAACAGAUUUCCGUCAAUUCUCAAAAAUUACAAUACGGAAGGAACGCGAUGAGAAUGGAAAACUUAUGGCACAGAUUGAACCAGUGAAUGUUACAUCGGAUUUUGAUGAAGAUAGAGAGUUAAAAGAAGAAUUGGAAAAAUACUCAGAGGUUGUUGAAGCUAAAAUGACUGAAGUCCUCGGAAACUUCAGUGUGGAUUUGGAUGGGCGUUUCUCUUUCAUCCGCACACAGGAAACCAAUUUAGGCAAUUGGGUUUGCGAUGUCGUUUUGGCCGCUACAGGAGCGGACGUGGUCAUCAUCAACUCAGGUACUUUUCGUUCAGAUCAAAUACACCCACCGGGACCGUUUACAAUGCGUGAUUUGGUGAAUGUAAUACCAAUGCGGGACCCACUCAUACUGUUAGAGAUUACAGGAAAAUGCUUGUGGGAAGCUUUAGAGAAUGCUGUAUCAGCAUAUCCAAAGUUAGAAGGCAGAUUUCCUCAAGUUAGUGGUGUGACAUUUGCCUUCGACCCCACCAAACCACCAGGAAAACGUGUGGACCCACGGUUAAUACAGGUGGCAGAUGAGUCUAUCAAUCUGCAACAAAUGUACAAAACAUGUAUUAAAAGCUAUAUAUAUAACGGUUGUGAUGGUUUCACCAUGUUCAAGAAUGCUAAAAUUCUGGUUGAUGAGGAUCUCUGCCCUGAAUUAGGUCUUGCCAUACAAAACCAUUUCAAAGCUAUUAAUUUACGUAACGAAAAAAGCGAUCACCACACCAAACAUCGACAAUCUUUAGUCACGCUUUCUCGGCGGCACAGUAUGGUACAAAUGCUGGAAAAUCUGGAUUUAGAUGGGCCAUCGCCAAUAAGAAAGCUGUCUGUUGGACAUCAUGUAAAAUCGGUAGAUUCUUCCAACGUAAAAGCCUCCAAGAUGUUACGGCGAGCUUCUUUGGAGGAUUUAGAACAAGCAAGUUGCGAACUAGCUCCAAUUGUGCAACAAAGGAUUGUUCAAAUUCAGAGUGAAGAACACUUCAAUCAGUUAUUGUUGAGAAAUGAAACUUCUAUAACGAAUACUGUAAUUACCGAGACUGAAGACGAGUAAUGAACAUUUUUGAACCUCGGAUCUUAAUAAAAAACUAGUUCACUUAUGAGUACAA